AUGCAAGAGCUACCAAAACAAGCAAUUCCAGGACAGAUUUUAGCACCACAAUUUGAUCUUCUGGAACCAAUCCCAACGAGUAAUAACAAUAGUGAUAAUGAAACUUCAUCGAAUGAAGAACCAACUAUAAUAAUGUAUAUAAAUGGGGCUGGUACAAAGCUGAUAAAUUAUCCAAUUGGAAACAACUCCAAAAAUAGUAAAGAAAUUACAGUAAUCUCAAGUACCAAACUGGGUAAAGUAUAUUCGUAUGAUGUGGAUGCACCAUCAGAUUAUAAAACUAUUGAUGAAUCAAGAAAAAUACAAUUUAAAAUGAUCAGUGUGGGUAACAGUGAACUAAUGAAACAAAGUCAAGGUAAAAAUGAGAGUAGUAAUAUAUUACCUAGGGAAGGAGAUGUAAUCCUAUGCCGUGUAAGUAGAAUUUCGUUACAAAGAGCUAACGUAGAAAUUCUAGCUGUUAGUAGUAAAAAUAUCCCAAUAGAUAGUGGAGUAGGAACAAAUGGUUCUGGUACAGUGGCUGUUCAAGGUGGGUCAGGUGCUCAAACCUUUUCUGUAUCACAGGCUUCGUCUGAUGUAGGUGAAACCUUUAGAGGUAUAAUCAGAUCGCAAGAUGUAAGGGCUACUGAUAGAGAUAAAGUUGUAAUGAUUGAUUGUUUCAAACCAGGUGAUAUUGUUAAAGCACAAGUCAUUUCUCUUGGUGAUGGUAACAAUUAUUAUUUGACAACAGCACGUAACGACCUUGGUGUUAUAUUCGCAAGAGCUAACAAUGGUGCUGGUGGAUUAAUGUAUGCUACUGAUUGGUUAAGUAUGACUUCACCUUUAUCAGGAAUUACCGAAAAACGUAAAUGUGCCAAUCCAUUUUAA